ACUCCACCAACCCACUUCAGCAGGAUCAUCACUUCCACUCCGGGGGCUCCCCCUCCUUCCCCUUGUCCCCCGUGACUCCGCGACGGAGAAGACAAACGAUGACGCCUUCCGGCCAACUGCUCCCCUUGGCCCGCCCGCCUCCGCCGCCUCCCGCUCCUCCAGUCCUCUCCAGCCGCCGCAGCCGGUGCCUGCCUCCCGCCCGCGCGCACGCCCGAGGCUCGCCUCCGCCUCUAUGGCGGGCCCACCGCCUCCACGACCGCUUCCUGCAUCCUCCUCCGCAGUUCCGCGCUCCGGCCAGGGACCCUCGACCUCCAACGCCUCCAGGGGUUUCGGCCGCCGGAGGAGGCGAGGCUCAGGCGGCGGCGGUGGCGGAGUUCGUGACGUCUGAGAGGGUGAAGGUGGCGGCGAUGCUGGGGCUAGCCCUCGCGCUCUGCAACGCCGACCGUGUCGUCAUGUCCGUCGCCAUCGUGCCUCUCUCCCAGGCGUACGGUUGGACCCCUUCAUUUGCCGGCGUCGUGCAGUCAUCCUUCCUUUGGGGGUAUCUGAUGUCGCCGAUAAUUGGUGGAGCGCUUGUUGACUAUUAUGGUGGAAAGCGAGUCAUGGCUUAUGGUGUAGCCUUAUGGUCCUUGGCUACAUUCCUGUCUCCUUGGGCAGCUGGUCGCUCUAUCUGGUUAUUUCUCUUUACUAGAGUUCUGCUGGGUAUUGCAGAAGGAGUGGCACUCCCAAGCAUGAACAACAUGGUGUUGAGGUGGUUUCCUCACACAGAAAGAUCUAGUGCUGUGGGUAUUGCAAUGGCUGGCUUUCAGCUUGGCAAUACCAUUGGAUUACUUCUAUCCCCAAUCAUCAUGUCACGAACUGGGAUAUUUGGACCUUUUGUGAUAUUUGGAUUAUUCGGAUUUCUGUGGGUGUUGGUGUGGAUACCGGCUAUAUCUGGCACACCUGGUGAACAUGCACAAAUAUCAGCAUAUGAACUGGAGUAUAUAACCAAAGGUCAGAAAUUGGUGAAGCCUCAAAUUGGAAGUGCAAAAACAAAAAAGGUCCCCCCCUUCAGCAAACUACUUUCCAAAUGGCCAACGUGGGCUUUGAUAAGUGCAAAUGCCAUGCAUAGCUGGGUUACUCCUAUAAACAUCUUAUUUUCACCAAUUCUCUAUACGUUAUGCCAUACAAAGACACAUUUUAUGGACAAUAUCUUGAGUGUCGUAAUAUUUUUCAGGGUUAUUUCGUCAUUCUUUCAUGGAUGCCAGUCUAUUUCAAAACAAUAUAUCAUGUCAAUCUGAGAGAUGCUGCAUGGUUCAGUGCACUCCCCUGGGUGAUGAUGGCAGUUUUAGGUUAUGUGGCCGGUCUUGUCUCAGACAUGCUAAUUAGAAAUGGAACAAACAUUACUUUAACACGGAAGAUAAUGCAGUCAAUUGGCUUUCUGGGUCCUGGUAUUGCUUUGCUUGGUCUGAAUGCAGCAAAGAGUCCAAUCAUCGCUUCAGCUUGGCUUACAGUUGCUGUUGGUCUGAAAUCCUUCGGCCACUCAGGUUUCUUAGUAAAUCUACAGGAGAUUGCCCCACAAUAUGCUGGAGUCCUACAUGGAAUGUCAAAUACAGCUGGGACAUUUGCCGCCAUUUUAGGAACUGUUGGAGCAGGGUUUUUUGUUGAUCGGAUGGGUUCUUUCCGUGGAUUUUUGAUAUUGACGUCGCUCCUAUACUUCAGCAGUACUCUUUUCUGGGAUAUAUUUGCUACUGGAGAGCGUGUUGAUUUUGAUGGCACUGGCUAGCAUUGAUUUUGAUGGUACUGGCUAGCACCUGAGAGGAACUUCACAGUUUCUAUCGAGCACAAAAUGAGGAUUCUGGACGGUGCUUUACUGCCCUCUCUGCGAAACCUCAAGUUCUAUGCACAUGAGGUUGAAGAGCUUAAGUUAUGACUGUACAGCAUUGGUUUUGACUUUUCAAAGUAUCCAAUGAGUUUAUCUUGGAAAGUCAGAUAAGUGGUGGGUGAACACAUGGAACUGGCUUUGAAGAUCAUGCUAGAUUUUCUUGCAGGGUAACCUCGGACCUCGGAAUGUGUUUUGAGUCAAUGAAACCUGAAUAUGUAACUUAGAAUAAAUAACAGGGUAGGAGCUCGACCAUUCAUGGCACCCAAAGUAGUAGAGAUCUGAAACAAAUUUGCAGGCUAGUUGGAAGCUGGGAAACCGGGGAAAUUGGGUGCAAAUUCCACGAAAUAAGUCGUGAGCUUUAAAAUCAUAAAGCCUCAUGGGUCGGGGGAUAAUUUUCCUUAUUCUAGAAUAAAAUGCAUGCAAAGAAAUAUGGAGAAGACCCUUGACGGGGAACAAAGAAGGAUAUGUACAUUGAUGAAACAUUUGUAAAAUUCCAAUGCGUUGCUAUUCAGUGUUGGGAAUGUCAGCAUAUCCUUUCAAAAAAAAAAAAAGAAUGUCAGCAUACAUCGAUGCCACUGCAAGUUACUUCUUCGAGACUGAUAUGUAAUCAAGACCAGAGUCAACUGUUCCAUUUCGUCAGAAAAGGAAAUAUUCUUGGAGGUCUGAAGGCCUUAUCAGUCCCAAUGACAUCAAGAAGAGAACGCUUCAGCGCAAGCCCGAUGCCAUGGUCCAUUGGUCCACUACCUCUCCGGCUAUGAAAUUGUGGACAUACCUACUCUGAGUCUCCGAUAUCCUCCACCAAUAGAAUUAUUGCAACUGUAGUUGUCACACGCACGUUUACUCAAGCCAUAACUCCUAACCUCAUUGGCUUGACCUGAAAAGUGAAAACCCAUUUCAACUACCUCUUUAUGAUAAUAAAGAUGUAUGCACCCAGUCAAACUUGAAUCGGUCCCCGAGUCUACAAAACAUUAUGCGCGAGCAGCUGUUUCAAGCUAUCUUCGAAACCCAUCAGCUAUGCAGGCAGCUCGCAACCGGGCAUCCCCCACCAGCCAUGGAGGUUUCUCUGGCUUCGACAGUGAGUUUCAGUCAGAUCCUGGGUUCUCUUGGACUUCCACCUACACACCUCGUUCCCGUGUGGUCAACAAGAAGGUAAGAAGCUCAAGAUCAAUCCGGGGAAAAGCUGCAGCAAUUGUAGGGUCAUGCGCAAACUGCUUCGCUCCUCGAUCUGAAACCAACGAAGCCCAUGAGAACCCACCAAUCAGUGGCCAGGAUGUGUCUAUCAGUCCCAUCUCCAGAAUAUCAUCAACAAGUAGCACAAGCAAUAAUAUAUCCAGACAGAGAGGCGAUAGCAGCCAAACAAAGUCAUGGCAAGAACAGUUCUCAUUUCAGGAAAUUUGCAUCGCUACUUCAAACUUUAGUGAGCAAAACAAAAUUGGGUUAGGUAAUUUUGGCACUGUGUAUAAGGCAAAGCUCAGGGAUGGGUCCAUCAUAGCUGUAAAGCGGGCUACUAAGAACAUUCAAGACGGGCACCUAUCAGCAGAGUUUAGGAGUGAAAUCCAGAUGUUGUCAAAGGUCGAGCAUUUGAACUUGGUUAAGUUUCUUGGGUAUGUGGAAUACGAGGAUGAACGCCUAAUUCUGGUUGAGUAUGUAAAAAAUGGAACACUCCGUCAACACUUGGAUGGGUCACAAGGGGAACCAUUGGAAUUUGCACAGCGUCUCAACAUUGCUAUUGACAUAGUUCAUGCCAUUGCCUACUUACAUGGUUAUACAGAUCAUCCUAUCAUCCACCGUGACAUCAAGUCAUCCAACAUUCUCCUAACAGAGCACCUGCGAGCAAAGGUUGCCGAUUUUGGCUUCGCACGCCUAGCCCCCGAAAACCCUGAAGCGACCCACGUCUCAACACUAGUGAAGGGGACAGCCGGAUAUGUGGAUCCUGAGUACCUGCGCACGAACCAGCUCACCGACCGCAGCGACGUCUACUCCUUCGGCGUCCUCCUCGUCGAGCUCAUCACCGGCCGACGCCCUAUCGAGCGCGGCCGCGGCCGCAGGCGCCACCAGCGCCUCACCACCGAAUGGGCGCUGCGCAAGUGCAGGGAGGGCGACGCGGUGGUGGUGAUGGACCCCCGGAUGCGGCGGACCAGCGCGGUGGUGGCGGCGGUGGAGAAGGUGAUGGCGCUGGCGGCGGAAUGCACGGCUCCGGAGCGCGCGGCGCGGCCGGCAAUGCGGCGGUGCGCCGAGGUGCUCUGGUCCGUGAGACGCGACUUGCAGCAGGAGCAGCAGCGCGCGGCGGCCGCGGCCGCGAGCGCAGGAGCGAGGCGGCGCGAUGGCUCGACGUACGCACCGCCGUCGGUUACGAGUUUGAGGCAGGAGAGGUUCGAGAACUUGAGAUGAUCUGCGAGCUGCGGCACGAUGGAAAUUUCAAAUUAGUUCGAACGACUGUAAAUUGUGGUCGACUUGGCCGAAAUAGAGUACCGUGAGACUGUUUUACUGUUUGAAUUCUCCUAAAAGGAAAUUGAGUCCUGCUUUUGCAAAUAUAUAAUUUUGUUCGUUUUA